UCUUACGGACGCCGCUGCUGCUGCCGCCGCUGGCGCUCCCUCGUCAUGGUGCGGCCUCCUCCUCCUCUUUCUCCUCCUGGUGCUGCUCUUUGCCGAGGCGCCUCUCUUUCCCCCUGAAGACGGAGAAGGAGGCCGAGAAGGGAGCCGGAGCUGCUCCUCGGACUGAUGGCAGAUGAAUAAGCAAACAUGGCCGCCAUGGUUCCACCGGUAAAGCUGAAAUGGCUUGAACAUCUCAACAGCUCUUGGAUCACAGAAGACAGCGAAUCUAUUGCCACAAGGGAAGGCGUCACGGUCCUGUACGCUAAGUUAGUCAGUAAUAAAGAAGUAGUGCUGUUACCUCAGCAGGUUCUCUGUCUCAAAGGGCCCCAGCUACCAGACUUUGAGCGAGAGUCUUUGUCCAGCGAUGAACAGGACCACUACUUGGAUGCCCUUCUUAGCAGCCAGCUGGCUCUGGCUAAGAUGGUGUGCUCAGAUUCCCCCUUCGCUGGAGCGCUUCGCAAACGCCUGCUUGUGUUGCAGCGCAUCUUUUACGCACUUUCUAAUAAAUAUCACGAUAAAGGCAAGGUCAAACAGCAGCAGCAUUCUCCUGAAAGCAGCUCGGGAUCGACAGACAUCCAUUCUGUCAGCGAGCGUCCGAGGUCAAGCACAGACGCGCUGAUAGAAAUGGGGGUCCGAACUGGACUGAGCCUCUUGUUUGCAUUGCUUCGACAGAGCUGGAUGAUGCCUGCUUCUGGAACGGGGCUUAGUCUUUGCAAUGAUGUCAUCCACACUGCCAUAGAGGUGGUGAGCUCUUUGCCACCUUUGUCUCUAGCAAAUGAAAGUAAGAUCCCAGCCAUGGGACUGGAUUGCCUGUCUCAGGUCACAACAUUUCUUAAAGGAGUAACGAUUCCCAACUCCGGAGCAGACACUCUCGGCCGACGGCUGGCCUCUGAGCUCCUGCUUGGUUUGGCUGCUCAGCGUGGGUCACUCCGGUACCUCCUGGAAUGGAUCGAGAUGGCGCUGAGUGCGUCGGCCGUGGUCAACACCAUGGAGAAAAGCAGAAUGCUGCAGGCACAGGAAGGGAUGAUCAGUUUCGAUUGCUUCAUGAAUAUACUAAUGCAGAUGCGGCGAUCGUUGGGAUCAUCUGCUGAUCGAAGCCAGUGGAGGGAACCAACAAGAACCUCGGAAGGUUUAUGUUCUCUUUAUGAGGCAGCUUUGUGCCUCUUUGAGGAGGUUUGUCGCAUGGCCUCAGACUACUCCAGGACGUGUGCUAGCCCUGACAGUGUUCAAACUGGCGAUACUCCCGUUGUCUCUGAAACAUGUGAGGUGUAUGUUUGGGGUAGCAACAGCAGCCACCAACUUGUGGAAGGAACGCAAGAGAAAAUUCUUCAGCCUAAGUUGGCUCCAAGCUUCUCUGAUGCUCAGACAAUUGAAGCUGGCCAGUACUGUACCUUUGUAAUAUCUACGGAUGGUUCAGUUCGAGCUUGUGGCAAAGGCAGCUAUGGCCGGCUAGGACUUGGUGAUUCCAACAAUCAAUCCACUCUGAAAAAGCUGACUUUUGAGCCUCACCGAUCUAUCAAAAAGGUGUCAUCAUCUAAAGGUUCUGAUGGCCACACGUUGGCAUUCACAACAGAAGGCGAAGUCUUCAGCUGGGGCGAUGGUGACUAUGGGAAACUGGGCCAUGGAAAUAGCUCGACACAGAAAUACCCCAAACUUAUCCAGGGCCCUUUGCAAGGAAAGGUAGUGGUAUGUGUUUCAGCAGGAUACCGACACAGUGCUGCUGUUACAGAAGAUGGUGAAUUAUAUACUUGGGGAGAAGGAGAUUUUGGCCGACUAGGUCAUGGUGAUAGCAACAGCCGUAAUAUUCCAACUUUAGUAAAGGAUAUUAGCAACGUAGGAGAGGUUUCCUGUGGCAGUUCACAUACUAUAGCUUUAUCCAAAGAUGGACGAACUGUGUGGUCAUUUGGAGGAGGAGAUAAUGGCAAACUUGGUCAUGGUGACACCAACAGAGUAUAUAAACCUAAAGUUAUAGAAGCCCUACAAGGAAUGUUCAUCCGGAAGGUUUGUGCGGGAAGUCAGUCUUCACUUGCUCUAACAUCAACAGGGCAGGUGUACGCAUGGGGUUGUGGGGCCUGCCUAGGAUGUGGGUCUUCAGAAGCUACUGCCCUCAGGCCCAAGCUGAUUGAAGAGUUGGCUGCGACACGGAUUGUGGAUAUUUCCAUUGGGGACAGCCACUGCUUGGCGCUUUCUCAUGAUAAUGAAGUGUACGCUUGGGGUAACAAUUCCAUGGGUCAAUGUGGCCAGGGGAACUCCACAGGCCCCAUCACUAAACCAAAGAAAGUGAGUGGCUUAGAUGGAGUGGCAAUCCAGCAGAUUUCGGCCGGAACAUCACAUAGUCUUGCCUGGACAGCCCUUCCCAGAGACAGACAAGUUGUUGCCUGGCAUCGACCUUACUGUGUGGAUCUCGAAGAGAGUACCUUUUCCCACCUCCGUUCCUUCCUUGAGCAGUAUUGUGACAAAAUUAACAGCGAAAUUCCUCCUCUUCCUUUCCCCUCCUCAAGGGAACAUCACAACUUCUUAAAGUUGUGUCUGAAGUUGCUAUCUAACCACCUUGCUCUUGCGUUAGCUGGCGGAGUAGCUACAAGUAUUCUCGGAAGGCAGGCUGGCCCGCUUCGGAAUCUAUUAUUUCGGUUGAUGGACUCUUCUGUCCCAGACGAAAUACAGGAAGUUGUAAUAGAGACCUUGUCAGUUGGAGCAACCAUGCUGCUGCCUCCAUUGAGAGAAAGGAUGGAACUGCUGCAUUCGCUUCUACCCCAAGGCCCUGACAGAUGGGAGAGCCUAUCAAAAGGACAGAGAAUGCAAUUGGAUAUUAUUCUGACGAGUUUGCAGGACCAUACUCAUGUAGCCUCCUUGCUAGGCUAUAGCUCACCAUCUGAUGCCACAGAUGUUUCCUCACUAUGUAUUGCCUACGGAAAUAUCUCUGAUCCAGCGUACGAAGUCCAAAGUAACCAUCCAGACACCCAUCUGGCUGAAAUUUUAAUGAAGACUCUUCUGCGCAAUUUAGGAUUUUAUACUGAUCAAGCAUUUGGAGAGCUGGAGAAGAACAGUGACAAAUUUUUACUUGGGACAUCAUCCUCUGAAAACAGUCAGCCUGCUCAUCUUCAUGAGCUUUUGUGUUCCCUGCAGAAGCAGCUUCUGGCAUAUUGUCACAUCAGCAGUGUUAGUGAAAACUCAAGCAGCGUGGCGCUCCUGCACAAGCACCUUCAGCUCCUCUUGCCUCAUGCGACAGACAUCUAUUCCCGCUCUGCCACUCUGCUGAAGGAAAGUUCUUGGAAUGGGAGCGUUGGCGAAAAACUAAGAGAUGUAAUCUAUGUGUCUGCGGCAGGAAGCAUGCUUUGCCAAAUUGUCAAUUCUUUGUUGCUGCUGCCUGUAUCAGUCGCCCGGCCUUUAUUGAGUUACCUCCUGGAUCUCCUGCCCCCUUUGGAUCGCCUUAAUAGAUUGCUACCAGCUGCUGUGCUUUUAGAAGAUCAGGAGUUGCAAUGGCCACUCCAUGGUGGGACGGAGCUAGUGGAUCCAGCCAAUGUGCCCUUGCCGCAGCCUGCGCAGUCGUGGGUGUGGCUUGUUGACCUCGAGAGGACCGUAGCGUUGCUUAUCGGACGUUGUCUCGGAGGAAUGCUUCAGGGUUCCCCUGUGUCCCCGGAGGAGCAAGAUACUGCCUAUUGGCUCAAAACACCACUGUUUAGUGAUGGAGUCGAAAUGGACAUCCCACAAUUAGACAAGUCCAUGAGUUCCCUGUUGGAAGUUGCCCUCUCUGGAAAUGAAGAACAGAAGCCUUUUGAUUACAAGUUGCGCCCAGAAAUAUCAGUCUUUGUGGAUUUGGCCUUGGGCUGUGCAAAGGAGCCCGCCCGUAGUCUCUGGAUCAGCAUGCAAGACUAUGCCAUUAGUAAAGAUUGGGACAGUGCCACACUGAGUAGUGAGUCACUUUUGGACACUGUGUCUAGGUUUGUUCUUGCUGCCCUCCUGAAACAUAGCAAUUUACUCAGCCAAGCGAGUGGUGAGAGCAGGUAUCAGCCUGGCAAAGCACUAGUAGAAGUGUAUCGGUGUGUGUACAAAGUUCGAAGCCGUUUGCUUGCUUGCAAAAACAUGGAGCUUAUUCAGACUAGAUCAUCCUCAAGAGAUAGAUGGAUGUCAGAAAAUCCAGAGCCUUCAGACAUUGAUGCCCAGGAAAGCUCCUUUACCCGAACCAUUGAUGAAGAAGCAGAGAUGGAGGAGCAGGCGGAGAGAGAGAGAGAAGAGGGGCAUCCAGAUCAAGAAGAAGAGGAGGAGGAAAGGGAGCAUGAAGUUAUGACAGCUGGCAAAAUCUUUCAAUGUUUCCUAUCAGCCCGUGAAGUAGCUCGCAGCCGAGACCGGGAGAGAAUAAAUGGUGGGGCAGGGGCUCGCGUUGAUGACCAGCCCCCUCAGUCCCAGCAAGAGCGGCGAGUCAGUAGAGACCUCCCAGAGGGACAAGAUGUGUACACGGCUGCAUGCAACUCUGUGAUUCAUAGGUGUGCCUUGCUGAUCCUCGGAGUCAGCCCUGUUAUCGAGGAACUGCAGAAACGGAGGGAGGAAGGACAGUUGCAGCAGCCUUCCAGUGGUAUUCCUGAAGGGAUUGGACUCAUGACUAGAAGUGAAAGUCUUACCGCAGAGAGUCGCUCAGUCCAUUCCACAUCGAGUUACAAGCUGAUGAAAUCAAGGAGUGAAUCUGACCUAUCUCAGCCUGAAUCAGAUGAAGAAGGUUACUCACUGAGCGGAAGGCGAAAUGUGGAUUUGGACUUGGCAUCAUCUCAUAGAAAGAGGGGAGCCAUCCACAGCCCAAUUGAAGCACUGAGUGACUCAUGGACCCGUCUGAAGCACAGAGAUUGGCUUUACAGCUCUUCCUAUCUGUUUGGGGAGUCUGAUUUUGAAUUUACGAAAUCCAUUGGCGUUCAUACACUCAUUGAAAAUGUUAUUAGCUUUGUAAGCGGGGACGUGGGAAGCUCCCCAGGCUUCAAGGAGCCUGAAGAAAGCAUGUCAACCAGCCCACAGGCCUAUAUCAUUGCAAUGGAGCAGCAGCAACACAGAGCAGAGCUGCGUCUGGAGGCACUUCAUCAGAUCUUGGUCUUGCUUUCUGGGAUGGAAGAAAAGAGCAGCACUCCCUCCAUUGGGAGCCGCCAGGGUCUGGGCUUCCAGUCUUCUUCACUUCUCACCUCUGUGAGGCUGCAAUUCCUAGCUGGGUGUUUUGGCUUAGGCACUGUGGGCCAUGCUGGGUCCAAAGGGGAGAGCAUCCGUUUACAUCACUAUCAGGAUGGUAUCAGGGCUGCCAAGAGGAAUAUCCAGACGGAAAUCCAAGUGGCUGUGCACAAGAUCUAUCAGCAGUUAUCUGCUACUCUGGAAAGAGCCCUCCAAGCAAACAAGCAUCACAUAGAGGCACAACAGCGUCUCCUGUUGGUAACUGUGUUUGCCCUAAGUGUACACUACCAGCCAGUUGACGUCUCCUUGGCCAUCUCCACCGGGCUAUUAAACGUCCUCUCCCAGUUGUGUGGAACAGACACCAUGCUUGGCCAGCCACUGCAGCUGCUUCCCAAGACUGGCGUUUCCCAGCUCAGCACUGCUUUAAAAGUAGCCAGCACUAGGUUACUUCAGAUCCUAGCCAUCACUACAGGAACCUACGCAGAUAAACUGAGUCCCAAAGUGGUCCAAUCAUUGCUGGAUCUGCUAUGUAGUCAGCUGAAAAAUCUGCUGUCUCAGGCUGGUGUGAUGCUCAUGGCUUCCUUUGGGGAAAAAGAAGAUAGUGAGCAGGAGCAAGAGGAUGAAAAGAAGGCAGACUCAAAUGAAGAGAGUGAGAGGAAAGACUUCAGAGUGGCUCUCCGGAAACAGCACGCUGCUGAGCUACAUCUGGGAGACUUCUUAGUUUUUCUUAGAAGGGUUGUUUCUUCAAAAGCCAUCCAGUCAAAAAUGGCUUCUCCAAAGUGGACAGAAGUGCUCCUGAAUAUAGCUUCUCAGAAGUGUUGCUCAGGUGUACCUUUGGUUGGCAACUUGAGGACCAGGCUGCUUGCGCUACACGUUCUGGAAGCCGUGUUGCCUGCUUGCGAAUCUGGUGUGGAAGAUGACCAGAUGGCUCAGGUUAUCGAGCGAUUAUUUUCCCUUUUGUCUGACUGUAUGUGGGAGAGUCCAGUUGCACAAGCCAAACAUGUAAUUCAGAUCAAGGAGAAAGAGCAAGAAAUGAAGCUGCAGAAACAAGGUGAAUCAGAAGAGGAAGAUGAGAACCUUCCAAUUCAAGAAGUGUCCUUUGACCCUGAGAAAGCCCAGUGCUGCAUUGUGGAGAAUGGGCAGAUCCUGACUCAUGGGAGCGGUGGAAAGGGGUAUGGCUUAGCAUCCACUGGAGUCACUUCUGGGUGUUACCAAUGGAAGUUCUACAUUGUGAAGGAAAAUCGAGGCAAUGAAGGGACUUGUGUUGGGGUGUCUCGCUGGCCUGUCCACGAUUUUAACCAUCGCACUACCUCAGACAUGUGGCUGUACAGAGCGUACAGUGGCAACCUCUACCAUAAUGGGGAGCAGACACUGACGCUGACCAGUUUUACCCAAGGAGAUUUCAUCACCUGCGUGUUGGAUAUGGAAGCAAGAACUAUUUCCUUUGGUAAAAAUGGAGAGGAACCAAAGUUGGCUUUUGAAGACGUGGAUGCUGCAGAAUUGUACCCUUGUGUUAUGUUUUAUAGCAGUAAUCCUGGAGAAAAGGUCAAAAUCUGUGACAUGCAGAUGCGUGGCACCCCAAGGGACUUGCUUCCAGGGGACCCCAUCUGCAGCCCUGUUGCCACCGUUCUUGCCGAAGCCACGAUCCAGCUCAUCCGCAUCCUCCAUCGAACAGACCGGUGGACACAUUGCAUCAACAAGAAGAUGAUGGAGCGUCUGCACAAGAUCAAGACGUGCCUUAAAGAAGCCAGUCAGAAACUGAAGAAAAGCCGCUCAGUUCAGAGCAGAGAGGAGAAUGAAGUGCGGGAAGAGAAGGAGAGCAAGGAAGAGGAGAAGAGCAAGCACAGCAGCCGGCACGGGCUGGCCGACCUCUCCGAGCUCCAGUUGAAAACGCUCUGCGUGGAAGUGUGGCCGGUCCUGGCGGUCAUCGGUGGAGUCGAUGCUGGGCUGAGGGUCGGAGGCCGCUGUGUCCACAGACAAACGGGGCGCCACGCCACCCUUCUUGGGGUGGUCAAAGAAGGCAGCACCUCUGCCAAAGUCCAGUGGGAUGAAGCUGAGAUUACCAUCAGCUUCCCAACUUUUUGGUCGCCUAGUGAUACGCCACUGUAUAAUCUGGAACCUUGCGAGCCCCUGCCUUUUGACGUCGCAAGAUUCCGUGGACUGACAGCCACUGUUUUGCUGGACCUCACCUAUCUGACCGGCAUCCACGAAGACACGGGAAAGCAAAAUGCCAAGCGACAUGAAAAGAAACACAAACAUGACUCUGAAGACAAAGGAGAGGCCGACCAGAAAACGGAAGGAGAGUCUGGGUCAGAGGCACAAUCUGUGCUAAGCGCUGAGGAAGUUAAAGGACAUGGAGCUACAACUUCCAAAUUUGAAAGUGAAAGCACUUCCUUUUCUUUAGAGGCCAUUUCCUUAGGCAUGGAGGGACAGCAUCCAAAUGCCGAAGGCAAAAGGAAAAUCCACGAGCACGCCUCAAAAAAUCAUGACGUUGUACAAACCGAAAUCAGAGCGGUGCAGUUAUCUUAUCUUUACCUUGGGGCUAUGAAGUCACUUAGCACUCUCCUUAGUUGCAGCAAAUAUGCUGAGUUGCUACUGAUACCCAAAGUCCUGGCAGAGAGUGGUCAUAAUUCUGAUUGCGCAAGUUCUCCCAUUGUUCACGAAGAUGUGGAAAUGCGUGCUGCCUUGCAAUUCUUGAUGCGCCAUAUGGUGAAACGGGCUGUCAUGCGCUCGCCCAUCAAGAGGGCGCUUGGACUGGCAGAUUUGGAACGGGCACAAGCAAUGAUCUACAAACUGGUGGUUCAUGGGCUGUUGGAGGACCAGUGCGGUAGCAAAAUUAAGCAAGAACUGGAUCAGCAAACAGAAGAAAGACCAAACUCGCAGGCCCAGACACCUGUGACAACAAGCCCUUCUGCCUCAAGCACCACGUCUUUCAUGAGCAGCUCUCUGGAAGAUACCACAACGGCCACCACUCCGGUGACUGAUACUGAAACCGUACCUGCCUCUGAGUAACCUGGCGUUUUGCCUCUGAGCCUUCUGAGGCAAAUGUUCUCCAUACCAACUACUACCGUCCUUCCAACAAGACGUGCGACACCUCCGAUAUCCUCUCUGCCUACCUCUCCGGAUGAAGUGGGAAGGAGGCAAUCUCUCAUUCCUGACUCUCAGUCCGCAAGACCUACCCAAUCGUACGCAUUGUCGGAUCCCAGCAGCCGCCUUUCGACUUCCCCCACCUCCCCUGCUAUUGCUGUGCCGUUGCUAGAAAUGGGUUCUCCCUUCGGCAGAUCACACAAAGCAAUGGAAGCCACAGGUGCAAGGGGAGAAGCAGAUGCUCAGAACAUUACUGUCCUGGCAAUGUGGAUGAUAGAGCAUCCUGGGAAUGAGGAAGAUGAAGAACCUCAGUCUGAAGACACGGCAGAUUCCCGCCACAGUACAGGAAUCUCUGGGGGCAGCGGGAAGUCAAGUGACCAGUGUUACUUGCAGUCUCCUGGUGAUAUCCCUUCAGCUGAUGCCCCUGAAAUGGAGGAAGGUUUUAAUGAAAGCCAUGACAACAUGGACCAUGGAGAAAAUGCAGCCUCUGGGAGUGGACCCACAUCAAGGGGCCGGUCAGCAGUAACUAGGAGACACAAAUUUGACCUAGCUGCCCGGACGCUGCUAGCACGCGCUGCGGGAUUGUACCGCUCUGUACAGGCCCACAGGAACCAGAGCCGGAGGGAAGGCAUCUCCCUGCCACAAGACCCUGGAGCCUUCUAUGACUUCAAUUUGGACGAGGAGCUAGAGAUUGACCUGGAUGACGAAGCCAUGGAAGCCAUGUUUGGCCAGGAUCUUGCCAGUGAUAAUGACAUUCUGGGAAUGUGGAUCCCAGAGGUACUGGAUUGGCCAACCUGGCACGUUUGUGAAUCUGAAGACAGAGAAGAAGUGGUUGUGUGUGAGUUGUGCGAAUCCAGCGUGGUCAGCUUCAAUCAGCACAUGAAGAGAAACCACCCGGGCUGUGGCCGUAGCGCCAACCGGCAAGGCUAUCGCAGCAAUGGCUCCUAUGUGGAUGGAUGGUUCGGUGGGGAGUGCGGCAGUGGGAAUCCUUAUUACCUCUUGUGCGGCAGCUGCCGAGAGAAAUACUUGGCCCUGAAGAGCAAAUCUAAGACGUCAGCCUCAGAAAGAUAUAAAGGUCAAGCCCCUGAUUUAAUAGGCAAGCAGGACAGCGUCUAUGAAGAGGACUGGGACAUGUUGGAUGUCGAUGAGGAUGAAAAACUGACGGGUGAAGAGGAGUUUGAACUGUUGGCUGGGCCCCUUGGCUUGAAUGACCGACGCAUUGUGCCUGAGCCAGUUCAGUUCCCAGACAGCGAUCCUCUGGGUGCCUCUGUCGCAAUGGUCACAGCCACGAACAGUAUGGAAGAAACACUGAUGCAAAUAGGUUGUCACGGCUCCAUUGAGAAAAGCUCGUCAGGGAGAAUCACUCUGGGGGAGCAAGCUGCCGCUUUGGUCAAUCCGCACGACCGUGUUAUGGCUUUGAGGAGGGUGACCGCAGCAGCUCAAGUCCUCCUCGCAAGAACCAUGGUCAUGCGGGCCCUCUCCCUGCUUUCUGUCAGUGGGUCUAGUUGCAGCCUUGCCGCGGGGCUGGAGUCGUUGGGUCUGACGGACAUCCGGACCUUGGUCCGCCUGAUGUGCCUGGCAGCAGCAGGGCGAGCGGGCCUCUCCACCAGCCCCUGCACCGUGUCUGGUUCCUCGGAGAGAGCGCGAGGCAUACACAGCAAAAUGAGCAAACCCAUCUCCUGCUUGGCCUAUCUGAGCACGGCUGUCGGCUGCUUGGCAUCCAAUACGCCAAGUGCUGCAAAACUGCUGGUUCAGCUGUGUACCCAAAACUUGAUUUCAGCAGCAACUGGUGUCAAUUUGACUACAGUGGAUGAUCCAGUCCAACGGAAGUUCCUGCCAAGCUUUCUCCGAGGAAUAGCAGAAGAGAACAAGCUUGUAACAUCCCCCAACUUUGUUGUGACUCAGGCGCUUGUGGCCUUGUUGGCAGACAAGGGAGCCAAGCUGAGGCCAAAUUACGAUAAAGCAGAAGUUGAAAAGAAAGGCCCUCUGGAGCUGGCUAAUGCACUAGCAGCUUGCUGCCUCUCUUCAAGGUUGUCCUCGCAACACAGGCAGUGGGCUGCUCAGCAGCUGGUGCGGACCCUUGCGGCGCAUGACCGGGAUAACCAGAGCAGCCCCCAGACCCUGGCAGACAUGGGAGGGGACCUGCGCAAGUGCUCCUUCAUCAAGCUGGAGGCUCAUCAGAACAGGGUAACAACUUGUGUGUGGUGUAAUAAAAAAGGACUUUUGGCAACAAGUGGCAAUGAUGGAACAAUACGGGUGUGGAAUGUUACAAAGAAGCAAUACUCAUUACAGCAAACGUGUGUAUUCACCAAAUUGGAAGGUGAAGCUGAGGAAAACUUAGGUUCCCCCAGUGACCCUGCCUUAUCUCUUGCCUGUUGGAGCAUCAGUGGCAGGUACUUGGCUGGAGCCUUGGAGAAGAUGGUGAACAUCUGGCAAGUCAAUGGAGGAAAAGGUCUCCUGGAUGUCCAGCCCUACUGGGUCUCUGCUCUGGCAUGGCCAGAAGAAGGACCAGCUGCAACCUGGACAGGAGAGGCUCCAGAAUUGCUGCUUGUGGGUCGCAUGGAUGGAUCGCUUGGGCUUAUUGAAGUUUUAGACGCAUCCACCAUGCACAGAGUUGAACUGGAGCACUGCUACAGAAAGGAUGUGUCUGUUACCUGCCUUGCAUGGUUUAGUGAAGACAAACCUUUUGCAAUUGGCUAUUUGGAUGGAAAGCUGCUGAUUGGCACAAAAGAGCCACUUGAGAAAGGAGGGAUUGUCUUAGUUGAUGCCCACAAGGACACUAUUCUUAGCACGAAAUGGGACCCCACGGGUAAGAUCCUCAUGACGUGCGCCAAGGAAGAGUCGGUCAAGCUCUGGGGAUACAUGGGAGGCUGCUGGAGGCACUUGUACUCACUGUCUCACCAGGCUGUUGUGACUACCGUUGCCUGGUGCGGUCUGCCAGGAAGAGGGCCAAAGCCACAACUCCUCUUGGCCACAGGUUGCCAGAACGGUUUGCUUUGUGUCUGGACUGUUCCCCAAGAUGAGCUGGUCCUACUGCAGUCCAGUCUCAAUUGCUCAGAUGGAUGGUGGGAUGAGGAAGCCAGUGGAAAGGAUGCUUGCAGGAAAUCAGCAGAAACCAAGUGCCUUUAUCAGCUGAAAGGGCACAUCACGCCUGUUCGGACAGUGACCUUUGGUUCUGAUGGACUGACCUUGGUGUCGGGUGGACUUGGCGGACUUAUGAACAUCUGGUCUCUCCGGGAUGGCUCUGUUUUGCAGAGUGUUGUGAUAGGUUCUGGAGCUAUUCAGACUACCGUAUGGAUCCCUGAGGUUGGAGUCGCUGCGUGUUCUAGUAGAUCCAAGGAUGUGUUGGUGGUAAAUUGCACAUCGGAGUGGAUCUCUGGCAACCACGUCCUUGCGACAUGUCGGACUGCUUUGAAACACCAGGGCAUUCUUGGAUUAAACAUGGCUCCUUGCAUGAGGGCUUUCCUGGAGCGCCUGCCCAUCAUGCUUCAGGAACAGUAUGCUUAUGAAAAGCCUUACGUUGUUUGUGGAGACCAGCUUGUCCACAGCCCAUACCUGCAGUGUUUGGCCUCGCUUGCUGUCGGACUUCACCUGGACCAGCUCCUGUGCAACCCACCAGUCCCUCCUCACCACCAGACAUGUCUCCUGGACCCUUUGACCUGGAACCCAACCGAAUGGGCCUGGCUGGAGUGCUUCUCCAUGACAAUCAAAGCAGCCGAAGCGCUCGCCAAGGGAGCCACCUUCCCAGAAUCCUUCACAGUCCCAGAUCUGGAACCAGUGCCAGAAGAUGAACUCAACCUCCUGAUGGAUAAUGGCAAAUGGAUCAACGGGAUGGACGAGCAGAUUAUGUCCUGGGCGACAUCACGUCCUGAAGACUGGCACCUUGGUGGGAAAUGCGACGUGUAUCUCUGGGGAGCCGGGAGGCAUGGGCAGCUGGCGGAGGCUGGAAGAAACGUCAUGGUGCCCAUCUCUGCGCCUUCCUUCUCACAAGCUCAACAGGUUAUUUGUGGCCAAAACUGUACAUUUGUGAUCCAAGCUAAUGGAACAGUUUUGGCCUGCGGAGAGGGGAGUUAUGGCCGGCUGGGGCAAGGAAAUUCAGAUGACCUUCACGUUCUCACGGUUAUAUCAGCACUGCAAGGUUUUGUCGUAACUCAACUGGUGACAUCUUGUGGAUCCGAUGGGCAUUCCAUGGCUCUGACAGAGAGUGGAGAAGUUUUCAGCUGGGGGGACGGAGAUUAUGGGAAAUUGGGCCACGGAAACAGUGACCGGCAGCGCCGACCCAGGCAGAUAGAAGCUUUGCAAGGAGAAGAGGUUGUGCAGAUGUCCUGUGGCUUCAAGCAUUCAGCUGUGGUGACUGCAGAUGGCAAACUGUUUACUUUUGGAAAUGGUGAUUAUGGUCGACUGGGAUUAGGAAACACAUCCAACAAGAAGCUCCCAGAGAGAGUGACAGCGCUGGAAGGGUACCAGAUUGGAGAGGUUGCCUGUGGGUUAAACCACACCAUAGUUGUGUCCACAGAUGGCUCAAUGGUUUGGGCUUUUGGUGACGGUGACUAUGGGAAGCUGGGCUUGGGAAAUUCAACAGCAAAAUCCUCACCACAGAAAGUAGACAUUUUAUGUGGAAUCGGCAUCAAAAAAGUGGCCUGUGGAACCCAGUUUUCAGUUGCGUUGACAAAGGAUGGGCAUGUAUAUACAUUUGGGCAAGACCGGCUGAUUGGUUUGCCCGAAGGCCGGGCCCGCAACCACAAUCGCCCUCAGCAAGUUCCGGCCUUGUCAGGGAUUUUCAUAGAAGAUAUUGCCGUUGGAGCGGAGCACACCCUCGCCCUCGCUGCCUCUGGGGAUGUCUAUGCCUGGGGGAGCAACUCGGAAGGGCAGCUGGGGUUGGGUCACACCAACCACGUCCGAGAGCCGACCCUCAUUACUUCCCUGCAAGGGAAGAGCAUCCGGCAGAUCUCAGCGGGGCGAUGUCACAGUGCCGCCUGGACUUCCCCACCGGUUCCCCCACGAGCUCCAGGCGUGUCAGUGCCUUUGCAGCUGGGCUUGCCGGACACCAUCCCUCCUCAGUAUGGAGCCCUGAAGGAAGUCAGCAUCCACACAGUCAGAGCACGGCUGAGGCUGCUCUAUCAUUUCUCUGACCUCAUGUAUUCUUCCUGGAGGCUGCUGAACCUCAGCCCCAACAACCAGAGCAGCACGUCCCACUACAAUGCUGGAACCUGGGGGAUUGUUCAGGGGCAGCUGAGGCCGUUGCUGGCACCAAGGGUCUACACUCUCCCAAUGGUCCGCUCCAUAGGAAAAACCAUGGUGCAGGGGAAGAACUAUGGCCCACAGAUCACCGUCAAAAGGAUAUCAACCAGGGGACGGAAAUGCAAGCCUAUAUUUGUUCAAAUUGCAAGACAAGUCGUGAAGCUAAAUGCCUCAGACCUCCGCCUGCCCUCUCGUGCCUGGAAAGUGAAGUUGGUUGGAGAAGGCGCUGACGAUGCUGGAGGAGUCUUUGAUGACACAAUCACAGAAAUGUGCCAGGAGCUUGAAACUGGGGUGGUUGACCUCCUGAUCCCCUCCCCAAAUGCAACGGCUGAAGUGGGCUACAACAGAGACAGGUUCCUCUUCAAUCCUUCGGCCUGCUUAGAGGAGCACCUAAUGCAGUUCAAGUUCCUGGGCAUCCUGAUGGGGGUGGCCAUUCGCACGAAGAAGCCCCUGGACCUUCACUUGGCCCCCUUGGUCUGGAAACAGCUCUGCUGCAUCCCACUCACUCUGGAAGACUUGGAAGAGGUGGAUCUUCUCUAUGUGCAAACCCUUAACAGCAUUCUUCACAUUGAAGACAGCGGGAUCACAGAAGAGAAUUUCCACGAGAUGAUUCCUCUAGAUUCUUUUGUUGGCCAGAGUGCUGAUGGAAAAAUGGUUCCCAUAAUCCCUGGUGGGAACAGCAUUCCGCUCACUUUUUCAAACAGAAAGGAAUAUGUGGAAAGGGCCAUCGAGUACAGACUCCACGAAAUGGACCGUCAGGUGGCUGCGGUGAGAGAAGGGAUGUCCUGGAUCGUCCCAGUCCCCUUGCUGUCCCUUCUGACUGCCAAGCAGUUGGAGCAGAUGGUUUGUGGAAUGCCAGAAAUCUCUGUGGAAGUGCUAAAGAAAGUGGUCCGGUACCGAGAGGUCGAUGAGCAGCACCAGCUGGUACAGUGGUUCUGGCACACCCUCGAAGAGUUCUCUAACGAGGAACGGGUCCUUUUCAUGAGGUUUGUGUCAGGAAGAUCUCGCCUGCCGGCCAACACAGCAGAUAUCUCUCAGCGUUUCCAAAUAAUGAAGGUCGAUAGGCCUUAUGACAGCUUGCCUACCUCACAGACGUGUUUCUUUCAGCUGAGGCUCCCUCCCUAUUCCAGUCAGCUCAUCAUGGCCGAGCGUUUGCGCUAUGCAAUCAACAAUUGCCGGUCGAUAGAUAUGGACAAUUACAUGCUGUCCCGCAACGUGGACAACGCCGAGGGCUCCGACACGGACUAUUGACACUGCAGAUAGCAACAACAACAAAAUAACCCUCUUCCUUUCUUGCAUCUCGUGCCCAUGUCAGGUUUCAGUGUUGACACCAUUUUAUGGUAAUGGUAGAUGUUUUAGGAAACAUAAAACAGUGGCCACCUUUUUUAGUUACUCUAAAUGUAACGAGACUUAGAUGUGGUUUUCUUUCCCUCUCUUUCUGUGACUGUAAACAAAAAAUGCAAAAAGGUGAGACUGGUAAGUUUUCUUCCUCUCUGCCCCUUUGUUCACUUUUUUGAUAAGUUUGCAUGCAGCCUUUCUGGUGCAUUAUAUUUUUUGAUGUUGGGAAUGGUGCAUUUAUAAGCCUUCCCAGUGAACAUGAAGAGUUGUACAUUGUGUAUAAUUGUUCAUUAGAAAGGACAGUUUUACAUGAAUAUUCAUAUAUUUAUUUUUGUUUUAAUUUGAAAUGCCUGUGCAGGGUUCCUUAUGCAGAGAAAAUAAAAGCAAAUUCAAGAAUUGA